AUGGGAGAGGCCGCACGCCCGCAGGAGCAUCUGCUCAUCCUGCUCCCCGCGUCGGUGCCAGAUGCCGUCAUCGACGACCUGCGGAGGAGCUUCCCCAACAUUGAGAUCACGCAUCUGCAAAUCGGCCUGGACGAGACGGUUGACGCCGUUCCAAGCGAGCUGCUCGAAAGGACGACUAUCCUGGCCACCUCGUUCCGACACGUGCCGACUCCGCAGCAAGUUCCCAAUCUUAAACUCCUGCACUCCUUCUCCGCUGGCAUGGACCACCUCCUCAACGCGCCCCUCGUCACCGACACCAAUAUCCCCAUCACCACGAGCUCCGGCAUCCACGGCCCACCGAUCGCCGAGUGGACGAUUCUGAACUGGCUCGUGGCGUCGAAACACUACAACGAGCUCUACGAGGCGCAGAAGAAGCACGAGUGGAAAAAGCAGACCUCGUUUGCGACGAGCAUCGAGGACCACGUGGGGAAGCGCGUGGGGAUACUUGGGUAUGGGAGCAUUGGACGACAAAUCGGCCGCGUCGCUGUCGCGCUGGGCAUGAAAGUCCUGGCCUAUACGGCCUCGCCUCGCGACACACCCGAGUCGCGCCGUGACAAGGGCUACAUUGUGCCCGGGACAGGCGACCCAGACGGGACAUUGCCCAUCUCGUGGCACCACGGCACAGACAAGGAGUCACUGAGGGCAUUCCUUGCGCAGGAUCUGGACCACGUGGUGGUCUCUUUGCCGCUGACGCCAGCGACGACGCACCUGCUGGGUGCAGAGGAAUUCGCCGUGCUGUCGUCGCACUCGACGGGCACACGCAAGCCGUUCAUCACCAACAUCUCGCGCGGCAAGAUCGUCGACCAGGACGCGCUCAUCGCCGCGCUGAAGAACGGCCAGCUGAGCGGCGCCGCGCUGGACGUGACGGACCCGGAGCCCCUGCCGGCAGACCACCCGCUGUGGGACGCGCCCAACGUCCAGAUCAGCCCGCACAUCAGCGGCCUGGGGAAAGAGUACUUUGCGCGGUCGCUAGACGUGCUGAAGGUGAAUCUGAUAUAUAUUUUGGCCAGCCGUAUAGAAUUGCAAGGCUAUCUAUUGAAUUCAUUGAAUGCGUACGUUGGUUUCUAG